UGCUGAGUCUUGUAAUUUUCCAUGCCAUUUUUCCCCAAUUGUUUUUGGAAGAGUAGAUGAGAAGAAAAUGGGAAAGUGCAAAAUCAGUGAAAAAUUAUUUGAGGAUGAAAAAUACAGGGAUGAGUUGGCACCAACAAGCAACUGUUUUGAGGUUAGAUGCAAAAUGUUUUGAAAGACAUUGCAGUUAGACACAAUGGGGAUUAAGGCACUCUAUUCUCAGUUAAAAUCUGAGAAGCACCAGUAGACAGUUAAGCAGUAGAACACCCACAGAAAACCUACAUAGACACAGGGUGAACACUCAGACUCUGCACAGACAGUAACCUGAGCUCAGAUCAAACCGGGGACGCUGGAGCUGUGAGGCUGCAACUCUACCUGCUGUGCCACUGUGUAUUUAUAGAUGUAUAAUUUGUUUAUUAAUGUGCUUUAUCAUAGAUAUUUUGUUUCAUAUACUGAACUUUUAUAUGCAAAGCACUUUGAGAUUUUGGAGUCAAAAUGAACAGAUGAUUGAUACAUUAAGAAGAAGAAGAAGAAGAUAUUUAUGUACUUAUGGGGCAAACAAAUGGAAAUAGAAUGAGUACUGAUUUUCCCUGCCAAAUUCCUAAUCAAAUUAUGCCUAUAACUGUAACUACGUCUGCAAUAUUCCUGUGUGUUUCAUGUCAUUUUCUCACUGUCAGGUUGUUCAAAUUGUCCUUAUUGAGAUUUGCUGAUGGCUAACUGGCACUGUAUGUUGUGAUAGUGGCACCAAGUCAUGGACGGACACAUACCCAGAUUGACACUUAUCUUUAUUCUGUUGGCACUAUCAGGAUUUAUACUGCUCAUUAGCAACAUCAUAUCUCUGGAGGAUUUGAAUCAACUAACAUCCACCUUCUACAAAAUACAGAGCAGCAUCCACUCAUCCUUUAAAUCUCCUGAAAUCUUGUGGCCGCUGGAAGUAAACCACACUUACUGUGCACACUUUGGCCAGGAGCCCACGGCAGAAGAGGCCAAAGAGCAGAGAGAUCUGCUCAGUUCAACUGCAUGGCCAGGUCCCUUGGUGCAAGGCCUGCCUGUGGAGCUCAGCAGUGACCCUGCCAAGAGCUACUUUGUGAUUCAGGGCCCAGCAGAGCAAUACAUAGGUGGUCAGCUUGUGGUUCAUGUCCAUGUGCAGAACUUCUUGGGCCUGCCUAAGAAGCAUGGUGGAGAUUUCCUGAUAGCCCGACUGCAUUCACCCGUGCUGGGUGCCGGUGUUGCAGGGAAGGUGCACGACCAUCAUGAUGGCAACUAUACAGUGUUGUUCCCACUGCUGUGGACUGGGGUAGCGUGGGUGGAAAUCACCAUGGUGCACCCAAGUGAGGCAGUGGUGGUACUUAAGAGGUUGCAGGAGGAGCAACCCGACAGAGUGUUUUUUAAGAGCCGGUUCCGCUCUGGCGCCAUCUCAGAGACCACCGUGUGCAACCUGUGUCUGCCGCUCAACGAGAAACCACUCUGCAACUACACCGAUCCUGAAACUGGAGAGCCCUGGUACUGCUACAAACCCAAAAAACUAGGAUGCAGCACACGAAUAGAUCAUUCUAAAGGGGGCUAUGAGAAGAACCUCAUUACCAAAUAUGAAGCACAGUUCUUCCGGAGCGGUGUAAAUAUCAAAGUUCCUAUACCUGCAUCAGCGAUGGACCAUGUAACUGUAUUACCUGCAGAAAAUGGACAAGCCAAAGUAAAAAGUAUUUACAAUGCUGCUGGCUACUACUUUCACGAUACCUGGAGGCCUUUGAAUGGUGCAGUCAUCUGGCGGUUUAAUGACUCUUCAGCCAUAACACAUUGUCUUAAAGGGAAGAUUGUGUACAUGCAUGGAGAUUCCACUGUGCGGCAAUGGUUUGAGUACCUCACUGCUUUAGUUCCUAACCUAAAACAGUUAAAUCUUUACAGCCCUAAGAAUUCGGGACCAUUCAUGGCUGUGGACAGCAGGAACAAUAUUCUGGUGCGCUACCGCUGCCAUGGGCCGCCCAUCCGCUUCAGCUCCGUGCUUUCCUCUGAACUGCACUAUGUAGCUAAUGAGCUAGACAGGAUACAGGGUGGGCCACACACAGUGGUUCUCGUGAGUGUGUGGUCUCACUUCAGCACUUUCCCUAUUGAAGUAUAUGUACGGCGCCUAAGGCAUAUCCGUAGGGCUGUGAUGCGGCUGCUGGACCGUGAACCAGCAACCUUGGUGGUUAUCCGCACUGCCAACCUGCAGCAGCUUAACUCAGAGAGCAGCCUGUUCAACAGCGACUGGUUCUCUCUGCAGAGGGAUGUUGUGCUGCGUGCCAUGUUCAGAGGACUCCGUGUGCAGCUGCUAGAUGCCUGGGAGAUGACGCUGGCCCACCACCUCCCACAUGACAUACACCCACCCCGUGCCAUUAUCAGAAAUAUGAUGGACAUGAUCCUCUCCCGUAUCUGUCCAGUUGGGAAAAUAUAGAAGUGUGAACAAAUCUUUUGUAAUAGAUAUCAGUAAAUUAACAUGUUUCAUCCACUUUUGAAAGUAACUUGGACAAUACACUGUCAUCAUUAUACAAUUUAAGUUUGAGUAAAAAUCAUAUGUUUAAAAUUUUCGUCCUGCAUUUAAAAGGAGCAUUCAAUGAGUUCAGUGAGUAUAAACUACUAAUAUAUAAUUUAAAAAAUAUAUAUUUUUAAGUUUUUGUACAAAUAUUUGCAACCCACUAAAUACAGUCCAAGCAGGUAUUUUGUUUUGAUCAACAUUAAUCACUGAUGUAAGCAUAACAGUAAUAAAACAAAUGAGAGUUUAUAAAAGCAUCCUUUUUUCCAACUGUUUAACAGUUUGCAAUAAUGAUAUUACAAAAGUAUUUUCAGGAAACUGCAAUCAAAAUAUGAAUGUAACCAGCUUUAAAUUUAGAAAUCAUACAAAUGUAGACAUGAAAUCUCAAUAUAAAUGAGUUUUUCCAAUACUGUAUACGGCAAUGAAUAUAAUCUCACUACGCAGUAUCAUCAAAAAUGUAUGGCUUCUCUAUUGAGUCUGGUUCCCCUCAAGAUUUCUGCCACAUUUUGU